UACCAGUUCAUUUGCCCUGAGUGCAAAGUAUAAGAAAAUACUUGCAGCUCUAAUCCGCAAGCUAUAGUGGUUGCGUCUCCACAGUUAAAAAUUCUCAAGUGGGAACAAGGAUCAAACAUACAGACAAACAAUUUAAAAAUAUUCUAAACAGAUUAUGAAUGAAAUACAGACAUUUAUAUGUGAUUAGAAUUCAUCAUAAUGGCACUAUCUUACUGUAAAACCACGUUUAUUUUUAAAGAUAGCUCUAUAAGGACAGGUGUAUUUUAAGUUCCUUUUUAAACAAGGGAGUGAAGCACGUGCUCUAAGUUUAAAAGGCAGAGAGUUCAAGAGCCCCGAUUCUAAAAUUUAUGUAAAGGAAUACUUGUAAUUCGUAUUCAAUAGUUACGAGAGGUAAUAUUACUUUUGGUGUCAUCGGCUCUGACAUCAAUGAGGAAAUAAUAUGUUCUCUUUUUCAAUCAAAUUUUAUUAUUUUGAACUUUCAUGAGAUGGUUUUAGAGUCGGUUAUAUGAUUGAAUUCUUAUGAAUCAGCUGUUGUCUAAUUGAACCUCAGCACGCCCUUAUUUGGAAGUAAAUUUCUAGAACCUUUUUCAUAAAAGUCACGUGGUCUAAUUUAACUUACCGAACUAUAUAAAAGUUAAAUUGAGUUACAUAAUCUUUGCAGAUGCUUUUUUAAAUUAACUCAUGAAGUUUAGCGUUCACAUCUAAAAUGUAUCUAACAAAACUUUGUCUUUUUUAUUUAACUGUUAUGUAUAAUAUUUAUACAGUCAGCGGUCGAUGCCAACCGAACAAAAAGAAAGAUUGCAAAGAAUGUCCCUUGGGUUAUAUAGGUGUGAAUUGCUCAAUUCCGUGUAGAUACCCAGGUUAUGGCCCUGCAUGCCAAAAUGUAUGCAACUGUAAGGAGGAAUAUUGUGACUUUUCAACAGGAUGCAAAGAGAGAAGAGUCCACCUUCCCAUUCAAAAAGGCCUUAAUGCAGUUGUGCAAAAUCGUAUGUAUCCAGCCAGAGAGAUGACUGAUUUGAAACCUGGGGAGGAUCUUCAAUCAGUUCCAAAACAAGGUACACAUCCUGCUAAAAACACGAUUCAAUCUGAAAAACCAAAGAAAUCAAAGACAGAAUCAUAAACAACGCCCAUCCUCAUUGGUACUGUGGUUGCUCUUUCUUUGAUACUUUUUGCCACCGGUUUAAAGUUUUCUUGGAAAAGGGCCAAGCGAUCCUGUCUGAGAAAAAGAAGAGAAGACAACGUCAUGCCAAACAUAAAAGUCGAGCUAAAAAGAAUAACUUGUGAUUAUGAGGACAUGAAAGAAAAUUUGUAUGAGGAUCUGGACGAAAAAGAAACAUGUGAUAACAAAGACAAAAAGACGGAAGGCACAGCAGAAAAUGAUUACAUUGACUCUCUCAACAUCACAAAGAUGGGAGGGAACAAAAAUGAUGACCGAGAAUCCAAACAUUUUUAUGACGCCUUGAAAUGACAUGAGGAGUAAAAACGUGUGCAGGAACAUACAUUGGACUAAUAAAUUCUUUAAAUAGUUAUAUAGCGAAGAUUCUAACAAACGCAUUGGGAAAGUGUGUGUCGUUAGGGGAAGGGGAUGAGGCUUUUGAACAUGAAAACAGUACAUAAAAUAUUUCCAAUUUAUGCCUUCAAGUAAAGCAGUUGACACAUUCAUCGUCCUGAACUAGAAGGCAUCGACAGAGACAAUCAACAUGCAUGCAAGAAUCUUUUAUUACACUUGUAGUGACUUUAGAUUAUCAAAAACUAUGUUACUUUGAUUAUUUUAAUGGAUUUGACGUUUUAUCAGGGUUUAGUUAGGUUGAUAACUUCCUUCCUGAUUAAAAUGUCUCUCUUUGUCAAAGUCAAUGAACAACCUAUGUAACAUGUACAUUUACAAAAAAAUCAGAUUUGUUAUAUCAUUUUCGUUAUUUCUUAAUGAAUCAUGAAGAAUAAAG